AUGCGCACCAUCGUGUGUGGGCGCAAGCAUGCUGCUGUAAGUCUCUUGCUCGCGCAUCGCCUCCCAGAUCUUGCUGCUCGCGACGUCUCCACCAAGGCAGCAGGUCAGCUGCUGUGCGCGCUCAAGGCAUGCGGCAGCAUUGGCGAUGUGGAGCUGGGGAGGAAGCUCCACUGCGAUGCUGCCCACGACGCCAUUGUCACCGGCAUUCACGUAGCAAACACGCUGCUGAGCAUGUACGCGAGAUGCGGCAGCCCCGCGGAUGCUCGCGCCGUCUUCGUGGCCAUCCCGCGCCCUGAUCUCGUCUCCUGGAACGCGCUCGUCCUGGGCCUGGCGAUCAACGCUGGCUACCAAGCCGAGGCUCUUCACUUGGUGGAGGAGCUCAUGCCGGCUUGUGAUGCCCGGACCUUUGUAGCGGCAAUGGUGGCUUGUGCGAGCCUGGCAGCACGACAAGGAGAUCGCGAUGGCCUGGAGUUGCUGGACAGGGCCAUGGCUCUACACUCCCGGGCUCUGAGUAGCGGCAACAUGGACUUGUUUGUGGCCAACUCCGCGGUGGAUAUGUAUACCAAGUGUGGCAGCUUGCUGGAUUCCAGGAUGGUCUUCGAUAGGAUGCCGUGCCAUAGCUUGGUGUCGUGGAAUUCCUUGAUAUCGGCCUGUGUCGACAACGAGGAAGCCGAGCUCGGGCUCCAGCUCUUCCACACAGUGUCGGAUCAUGGAUGGGAGCCGAAUGCUCGGACGUUUGUGGCUGCUCUUUCCUGCUGCUCGUCACUCAUAUCCAAGCAAGGCAGUACUCCCGGAGAACCAAACGUAGUAUGUUGGAAGGAGGAGGUUGCGAAAAUCCACUCUCAAGCUGCUGGGACCGGCUGUGACUCGCAACUCUUUGUAGCAAACUGUUUGAUCGACGUGUACGCGAGCUGCGGCAGCUUGCUAGAGGCUCGAGCGGUGUUCAACAAGAUGCAAGUCCGUAGCGUCGUCUCGUGGACAGCUCUACUUUUUGGAUACGUCCACAACGGGGAAAGCAGGGCCGGACUGGAGCUGUUUUCGCGCAUGCAAGCUCAAGGCUCCGUAACUCCAAAUGCCUGCACGUUUGUAGCGGCUCUCAUGGCUGUCUCGGCUCUGGCGGAAGAAGAAGCAGGCAAGCUUGUCCGUGGAAGGCUUGUCAAAGUGAGCAGCCUGGAGUACGGGAUGGGUUUACACUCCCAGCUUUGCAAGGACGCGGCUGCAGUGACGGACAUAUAUGUGGGAAACAGCAUCCUUGUCAUGUACACCAAGUGUGGCAGCAUGCUGGAUGCUCGUUGCGUCUUUGAUACCAUCUCCACUUGGGACACCGCAUCGUGGAACUCGCUUCUCCUCGGCUACGCUGAGAAUGGAGAGGCAGAACUAUGCCUGGAACUGUUCGCAGCCAUGAAGCCAUCAGUCGUUGCAAUCGCCCCGGAUGCUCGGACUCUCGUUGCUGCACUCGUUGCUUGCGGGAGCCUUACUUCACUUCAAACUGGAAAGUUUCUCCACGGGGAGAUUUGCAGGCACGGAAUGGAGAGGGACGUGUUCUUGGCAAACAGCCUCAUUGACUUGUACAGCAAAUGCGGGAGCCUAGCCAAUGCAGAACAGGUUUUCGAUUCGACAAGCACCAAAAACUCGGUGACUUGGAGUUCACUGAUUGCGGGAUAUUGUCAAGCAGGAGACGGAAAUGAUGGAGCCGCUUUCGCGCUUGAGCUCUUGUCCCUGAUGCGUGAACUUGGCCUGGAACCCAAUGAUGUUACCUUUCUGUCGCUUCUCACGGGAUGCAGCCGAGCGGGGCUUGUUAACAAGGGAAGGCAGUGCUUCCGAGCUAUGAUCUCGCAACACAGGAUCAAGCCUCGCAUCGAACACUACCACUGCAUGAUCGAUAUGCUGGGCCGUGCUAAUCGCCUGGAGGAGGCCAUGUCAACGCUGGAAUCCAUGCCUUUCUGUGCAACUCAAGUCACCUGGACUAUCAUCUUGGCAGCGUGUCACAAAUGGAACAACGUAGAGCUGGGGACAAGGGCUUACCACAAGCUGCUUGACAUGGACGAGAGCCAGAUCGCGGCAUACGUGCUCAUGUCCAACAUCUACGGGAUCAAUGCAAGAGCUUGA